AUGUGUGGACUUUCUGGUUAUCAUGCUAUGAUAGUAUCGAAGUACUUUGAGACUAUCAAAGACUUUAUAAACUUGGAGUUUGUAUGCAAGAAGUUUAGUGGUAAUAUGGGAAAGUUUCAUUUUAAUCCGUUUUCGUUGAAUUCCAAAACACUUGGAUACUUUCCAAACAUCGAGACACUUCACUUGUGGAAUAAAAAAGAUGAAAAUUUUGGCAAUGAAUUUAUGACCAACACAGAAGAAAAUGAAGACAAUGGAGAUAUAACCAUUUUAAAGAAAAAGUUCUUUCGAAUUAUUGUGUGGUUCAGUGUUGAUUUUGGAACGGUUGACAGAAACAAAAGUCGAAACAUCCAGUUUAAAAAUGUCACUUACACUCAAAAUGAUAGAAAUAAAUAUGGUUAUAACAUACCAUUGAGCGUAACAUUUAUUGAUGGUAAUUGUUUUGAUGGAUGCAGUAGUUUAACUAGUGUCAACAUACCAUCAAACGUGACAUCAAUUGGUAAAUAUUGUUUCAUUAGAUGUAGUAGUUUGAGCAGUGUUACAAUUCCAUCUAGUGUUAACUCAUUUGGUGAUUAUUGUUUCUGUAGAUGUUGUAGUUUGUGCAGUGUUACAAUUCCAUCUAGUGUUAACUCAUUUGGUGAUUAUUGUUUCUAUUGUUGCAGUAGUUUGUGCAGUGUUACAAUUCCAUCAAGUGUCACAUUAAUUGAUGAUGGUUGUUUCUGUAGAUGUAGUAGUUUGAGCAGUGUUACAAUUCCAUCUAGUGUUAACUCAUUUGGUGAUUAUUGUUUCUGUGAAUGUAGUAGUUUGAGCAGCGUUACAAUACCAUCGACUGUGACAUCAAUUGGUGAUGGUUGUUUCUGUGAAUGUAACAGUCUCAGCAGUGUUACAAUUCCACUAGGUGUCACAUCAAUUGGUGAUAAUUGUUUUGAUGGAUGCAGUAGUUUAACUAGUGUCAACAUACCAUCAAACGUGACAUCAAUUGGUAAAUAUUGUUUCAUUAGAUGUAGUAGUUUGAGCAGUGUUACAAUUCCAUCUAGUGUUAACUCAUUUGGUGAUUAUUGUUUCUAUUGUUGCAGUAGUCUAAGCAGCGUUACAAUUCCAUCGACUGUGACAUCAAUUGGUGAUGGUUGUUUCUGUGAAUGUAACAGUCUCAGCAGUGUUACAAUUCCACCAGGUGUGACAUCAAUUGGUGAAUAUUGUUUCUAUUGUUGCAGUAGUUUGAGCAGUGUUACAAUACCAUCAAGUGUCACAUCAAUUGGUGAUGGUUGUUUCCCAUCAAACACAGUAGUUCAUCAAAGCAAAUGA